AUGACUCCCAUAGCCAAAUCCUUUUAUGACCUCAGUGCCACUGACCUCCAUGGAGAAAAAGUGAACUUCAACAAUUUCAGGGGGAGAGUGGUCUUGAUAGAGAACGUUGCCUCCCUCUGAGGCACAACAGUGAGGGACUACACCCACAUGAACCAGCUGCAGAGCAAAUAUCCUCGGCGGCUGGUUGUGCUGGGUUUCCCUUGCAACCAGUUUGGCUACCAGGAGAACUGCACUAAUGAAGAGAUCCUCAACAGCUUGAAAUAUGUGCGGCCUGGGUCUGCAUUUGAACCCAAUUUCAUACUUUGCCAGAAAUGUGAGGUGAAUGGAAAGAACACCCACUCUGUCUUUGCCUACCUGAAGGACAAACUUCCAUACCCAGAUGACAACCCCUCCUGCUUGAUGAUGGAACCCAAGUUUAUCAUAUGGAGCCCAGUAAAUCGCAAUGACAUCUCCUGGAACUUCGAGAAGUUCCUUGUGGGGCCUGAAGGGGAGCCUUUCAAGCGCUACAGCCCCAGAUUCCUCGCCACCAACAUCGAACCUGACAUCCAACGACUCCUGAAGCUUGCCAAAUAAGAGUC